AUUCAUCGUCGUGGAAUCACCCGACUGUCGACUGUGUUGGUGUUCAACGGACUACUGAAAGCGUUAAUUUACUCAAUUUUGAAAGUGUUCAAUAAUUUUGCUCGUUUUUUCUGAGGAUCACAAACUUCUUUACACUAAUUCCAAGACCAGCCGAAUCAAGGCUACGUGCUAAAAUCGUACAGCUUCCUUCGUGUCUUGGAAUUUGUUUCCAAAUAUUCUUCGAACAUGUUGAAAUUUUUAAUCUGGAAGCGUUAUCAAAAGGACUUCAAAUCCGACGUAGACAAUGCAGAAAGGAGACCUGUACACGGAGUUCAACGCAUCGUCGGCCAAGUACAGAGACAUCGCGGCCCUCCUACGGGACCACGAAUCGCUGCUGCGAUGGUCGCAGGACGAGGUGGUGCUGGACGCGGGCUGUGGACCGGGUGACGUCACACACAACGUCCUCCUCCCGUUCCUCCCGGACGCCGCCGUCAAGCACCUCGUCGGCGUCGACAUCUCGCCUUCCAUGAAGGAGCACGGAUACAAGAACUUCCCCCACCCCAAGCUCAUCUUCGACACCUUCGACCUCGCCCAGGAUGACGUCACCAAGCUCACCCAGGACCCCCGCCUCCAAGACGGAUUCGACAAGAUCUUCUCAUUUUACGUCCUUAACUGGAUUUUUGAUCUCAAGUCAGCACUGAACAAAAUCUACACAUUAUUGAAACCCAGAGGACAAGCACUGUUCAUGUUCCCAGCGAAUAGACAUUACCAGAGGACCUACGUUGAAAUUCAACAAAGGCAGCCCUGGUCAGAUAUCCUUCAAGGUCUCAAACGGGAGAUUUCACCGUAUUUCUACAGCAACGACCCUGCCGGAGAAUUCACAGAGCUCCUGAAGGAAGUAGGAUUCAAAGUGAGCGUCUGUAAAUGUGUCGAGACCGAGGACGAAUUUGAAAGCUUGGACGUCCUAAAAAAGUUGAUCGAGUCAUUGGAUAAAUACAAUUCGAAGAUACCCGCCGAACUGAAGGAUCAGUAUUUGGAGGAGUGCACGCAAAUCAUGAGGAAGGACAACGCCCUCAAGGAGUUGGAUGGUGGUAGAGUUAUGGUGCCGCACAGGAGGCUCAUCGCUCUCAUCGAAAAAUGAGACAAAAGUGUUUCAGAAAUUGAAAAUAUUACAUCAAUCUGUGCCAUAGAGAAAAAGUGGACUAUUUCUUGACCACUCUCUCGUCUUCUGCCGGAAAGACACUUCUCGAGUUUGGUGAUAUAAAGCUAAAAUGUGAUUUAAUUCGGUUCAGAGUACACUCUUUCUCGAUAAAAUUCGUGAUUUAAAGUUUAA